AUGUAUGCGCCGAGAAAGAAAAUUCUUUGGUUUGCGAUAACUACUAGAAUCGUGAUAUUAAAAUUACAAGUAAUUUUCAAUGUAUUAAUCCCCGAUCAUCACGCAGAUGCAUUUAAAAGACCUUUGGAUCCUACAGAGAAAGUUGCUCUCUGUGACCAAAUAGUUAAUUUUUUAUUCAAUGGCUUUACACGUUGGGACGGAGAAUAUUUUUUACAUAUUGCGAGAUAUGGGUACACAUAUGAAAAUACUCUCGCUUUCUAUCCAUUGUAUCCAGCUAUGAUUCGCAUUGUCGCUGUUAUUUUGACAAAAGCACUUCCUUUAUUCAACAUGCAAAGUUCGAUGAUCAUUGCUGCGAUUUUAAUUAAUUUUGUGUGCUUUGUAAAAUCCGCUAUUAUAUUUUACGAUCUCACUGAGUGUAUAUUUCAAAAUACUACAAUGGCUUAUAAAGCGGCCAUACUUUAUUGUAUAAAUCCGGCUAGUAUAUUUUUCUCAGCGUUAUAUUCAGAGUCUAUGUUUGCGUAUUUAACAUUUUAUAUUAUGCUCGGAAGUAUCAAGUGUAUGCCUAACAUCUAUUUCCCAUUGGCCUUAUCAAUUUUGACGAGAUCAAAUGGUAUCGUCAACAUUGGUUUCCCUAUAUAUUUCGAGCUUCACAAUUUGUGUAAAUCGGAAAGAAUAGAAAAAUAUAGACGAAAACAUAAUGUACUAUCAAUCUCAUGGCAAAUUUUAAAAUUGAUGAAAUUAAAAAACUAUAUUACUAUAUUAAGCACAAUAAUUAUAUCGUUAUCUCCAUUUAUCCUUUUACAAAUAUACAAUUAUAUGAAAUUCUGUAUCUCUACAUUCGAUAAGUCGUCAUUGCCAGCUCAUGUUUUACAAUAUGCUGUAGAAAAUAAUCUGAUUCUAGCAGGUAAAACGGAUUCAAUAUGGUGUAACGCUAGUGUGCCUUUAGCAUAUUCGUAUGUGCAAAAGACAUAUUGGAAUGUCGGAUUCUUAAGAUAUUACCAAUUCAAACAAAUACCGAAUUUUGUUUUAGCUCUUCCAAUAUUGUACAUUACUUUGCAAUGUAUAAAAGAAUUUAUUAGUGAAUAUAGGGAUGAAUUACACUUGCUAGGCUUUUUUAAUAGCAAGGCAAAACGCGAGAGUAUUAUUAAAGUAAAAAAAUAUCCAUUGAGUAUGUUUGUUUUUGUAGUACAUGGAUUAUUUCUAAUCAUGUUUUGCUUAUUCUUUGUACAUAUCCAAGUUAGUACACGUUUAUUAGCCUCUGCAACUCCCUUGAUAUAUUGGUACUGUGCAUUAACCAUGUCUCACAAAUGUAUUAAUCAUAUCGAUUUACAAUACGAAAGUAGCGAAAAUAUAUGCUCGAAGUGGAAGGUAUUUUUCUUAUCUCAAGAACAAUAUACAUUACAAGAUAAAUUUAUAUUAUUUUAUUUUAUAGGAUAUACAAUCGUAGGUUGUUUCAUGUUUUCAAAUUUCUUGCCAUGGACUUGA